AUGUGGUGAAGGGUGGUUGCCUAUUUUUAUAGACAUAGACAGCACGUGGUGAAAAGGUUGUCUAUUUGCAGGAACAGGAGAAGGUGGGUUUUGCAUAAUCUGGAGAGAGAGAGAUGGAGAGUAGGAGAAAGAGAAUGAAGGUAUGCGUGACCGGCGGUGGUAGUUACAUAGGGUCUUCAAUGGUGAAUAUGCUUCUGGAGAAGGGCUACACCGUUCACUCCACCCUCCGCAACCUUAAGGAUGAAUCGAAGAUAAGGCUUCUGAAAGGGUUGCCUAAUGCAGAAGAAAGGUUGGUGUUGUUUGAAGCAGACAUAUACAGGCCACAGGAGUACGAGACUGCAAUUCAAGGUUGCGAAAUUGUCUUUCACGUGGCCACUCCCUACCAACAUCAAGUGGAUUCUCAGUUUAAGAACACCACCGAGGCUGCAAUAGAAGGGGUAAGAACCAUAGUUCGCCAUUCCAUUAAAUCGGGAACCGUUAGACGGGUGAUUUACACAGCUUCCGUGGUUGCGGCUUCUCCUCUUAAAGACGAUGGAGCUGCGGGUUUCAAGGAUUUCAUUGACGAAACAUGCUGGACGCCUCUCAAUCUUUCGUUAGAUCUUCAUAAGGGGUACGUUAAUUCGAAGACAGAGGCUGAGAGAGAGUUAUUGAGUUGUGGAAGCAAUGAAAAUGGAAGGAGAUUGGAGGUGGUGAGUUUGGCUUGUGGUCUAGUGGGUGGGGACACUCUUCUCAGUUACACACCAUUGAGCGUUUCAAUGCUUUUAUCUCAGCUCCAAGACAAUGAAGCCACAUACCAGUCUUUGAAGUUCUUAGAAGAUUUGAUUGGAAAAAUCCCAGUUGUCCACAUUCAUGAUGUCUGUGAGGCCCACAUCUUCUGCGCGGAGACUCCUUCAAUUAAUGGCAGAUUCUUGGUUGCAAGCUCUUUCUCAUCAACUGCAGAUUUAGCAAAUUAUUAUCUUCAGACCCAUCCCCAGUUUCAUUUGAAGAAGUAUUUGGAAGGACCGAAAAGGAAUAUAAAAUGGGCAUCUACAAAGCUGACAGACAAAGGUUUUGUUUAUAAACAUGACCUGAAGAUGAUACUAGCUGAUUGCAUCAAAUGUGCAAAAAGGAUGGGCGAUCUCUAGUCUCUACUGAUUAUAUAUAACUAUGUUAUUAAAAAUUAUCAAAUAUUUGUGGGUCUUACAUUUAUUAAAAAGACGUGCUAGAAAAUAUAUAUUAAAAAGGAUCUGUCUACCUUGUCUUCUAAAAAAAUUUUGAGCACAGGAUGCUAAAUAUUUGAAACCAUUUGCACAUGCUGCAGUUCUACAACAAAUAUAUUUUUUUUCAUAAAAUGAAACUAAUGUUUAACCAUGGUUUCGGUAACAACUAAUUCAUUUAGAUUCUUUUCAUUUUGUCAAUUUGUUUGUUGAUUUAAUUGACAAACAACAUACUCAUACAUGUUUCCUAAAUAUGUGAGUUUGAAUUUGGCUGUUAUUUGGGAAGUUAAUUCUCUUGGUCUGUUUCUAACCUGAGUUUGCUGGCUAGAGUUUUGAUAUCAACAAGAGUUAUGUAUUCUUUGUAAAUAUAAGUUACACUUUGUAUAUUAUUUUGUUGGAGAGAUUUGAAUUAAAGAUUUAAUGUUUAUUAAAUUUUUUUUCUUUA